UUUAUAUCUGAUACUAAAGCAAAUUUUAUGAAUCGUCGUAAACACUUUAUCAGUUUAACUUCUUCUUUCGCUUUUUACGGUUGGAGUAUAUAUAUAUAUAUAACCUUACAUUCAAGCAAUCUGACAUGGCAACUGGGCGGCGAUAUGUAUAUCGUGUUCUUAGCGACAACGAAGACCCAAGUGAAGGACUCGAGGCGAGAGAACCCGGGGCAACAGAUGCAAAGGUAUCGGCUCAUAUUAACGGUUUGAGAGCAUCGCCAUACAUCUCUACGACAGCAACAAAGAAAGCAAUAAAAGCUUACUAUCGCCUGGCACUUCAGCAUUACAACAAGGAGAAGGAAAAGAAAGAAAAGAUGGAAAAGGAAAAGAAGGAAAAGAAAGAAAAGAAGGAAAAGGAAAAGAAAGAAAAGAAGGAAAAGGAAAAGAAGGAAACAAAAAAGAAGGAAAAGGAGAAGAUGGAAAAGACAGAAAAGAAGGAAAAGGAAAAAAAGUACCUCAAACCAGAAAGCAGACAGUCCAGGUGGGGCGUAUUUUGCAGCAGCCGAUACAGGGGGGAAAGUAAAAUAUGAGGCCAAAACGUUUACUGUGGUUAGAAUUGAU